AUGUACGAACCUAAGAAGCCUGUAAAGUGGGGAUUGAGAAUUUAUGAUAUAGCAGACGUCGAAAACGGGUAUAUCCUUGCGAUGAUUCCAUAUUAUGGCGCUGGAACCAACGACGAACUUUGUCAUCCCGAAUAUGGAUUUAAGACUCGUAUCAUUUUGCAACUUGUUGACCUCGUCACAAAGGCAACGAAGGUCAAAGGGUACCAUGUACAAACUGAUCGCCAGUACACUAGUAUCGAACUGGCUCAGGAACUUUUAAACAGAAAGAUUAAUCUUACUGAGACUCACAACCCCGGAAGAAGGGGCCUCCCUCCUCAAAUUAAAAACGGAAAAAUGAAUAUUCCUUUGCACGAAGUGGUUUCUUUCGUAAAAGCAUCCUAUUAUCACGUUCUUACAUGGCGUGAUAGCCGUGUUACUUCUAUGCUUUCUACGAAAAUGGGUGCAAUGAUGCAUUCACAUCGUCGGAUUCUGAAGUUUAGCAGAGAGGAAGUAAUUGUAAAACCUGAAAUGUUUUCGUUCUAUUCGGCUAAAAUUGGAGAGAUUGAUAGAGCCGACCACUAUGUUUCUUCCUAUCAGUUUUUACAAAAGACCUUGAAGUUGUGGCGGAAGCUAUAUUUUUUCAUAUUAGAAACAGCUAUAGUGAACGCAUACCUCUUGCAUAAAUUGCACGCCCAACAGAAAGACGAGAGAAUAGCUGAAGACCCCACCUUCAGAAGAGGGCUGAUUUACCAUCUGGUAGGGCAAGUCCGGAAUCCAGCUUACGGAAGAAUAAUUCAUAGGAUAUCAUCUGAUGAAGAGCGGCUCGAUGGAAAAUUACACAUAAUUGCCCAUCGGUCAAUAAACAGAGAUUGUGCAGGCUGCAGAGACCGAAGAGGAGAUGAUGGAAGGAAGCAAACAAAGUUCUACUGCAAGACCUGCCCAAGAAACCCUGGACUCAACCCAAAGGACUGUUUUAGGAUCUAUCCCACGAAAAGAGAUUUCAAAGGACACUCGCUGCAAAAUUAA